AUGUCUCGCACAAUCGCGCGCCGUUCGGACAUCGCGCCUCUCCAAUCCAAACUGCCCACCCCCCUUCGCUUCCCGCUCCUCGUGGUUCUGAGUCUUAGCUUGAGCAGCUUUCUGUAUUCGCUCGCGGCGCCGGUUAUUGAAGGCGAUUUGGCGAGCGUGAGUCGUAGGUUGGAGGGUUGGGGAGAGGUGCUGGGUCUUGCGGGGUGGAAGGCUGGGGAGCUCGGGUUGGGGUGGUGGGGUGGGUUUGAUGGGUAUGAUCUUGCUGCGUUGAGUCUUUUGGGGAAGGGACCGAGUCUCUACCUCCUUGGAACCUUUUACAACAUUCGCGCAGCCACUGUUGUUACGUCGCUCUUGAUCGAUGCUCUGGCAACUUAUAUUCCAUUCCGUCUCCUACGGCCCCUUUCUCGAGCGCAUGCAGCCUCCACUGCGCCAGACUCGACUAUUGUGCCAAAUAAGGACAUCGUUACGGAUUCCUCGAUCCAGAUUCUUACAACACUUCUCGCAUCGUCAAUCUAUAGUUUGACACUAUUUUCUGCGUACGCAACAUACCUACCGGUUUACUUUGUCACAUAUUUCAACAAAAUCUACAGUAUCGAGGCAGCUCAUUCAGCUACACUGGUAUCACUUUUCCCAAUCACGCUAUUAUUGGGCGUUGCGGCAAAGUCAUUCAUUUUUACUCCCGCAGCUGCUGCGGCACCUUCGUUGUUAGAAGCGAGAGACACAGUAUUCAACCCCGCAACUGCUACGUUAACAGAGACCUUUUGGUACAACGUCUGGAGUUUUAGUCCACGCACUAGAACCGUGAUUCAGAGGACGGCUACCUUGGCCUUGGUUAGCGGGGUAAAUACCUUUGUGCAGACAUAUGUAACAAUUGAAGGCGUGGAAGCUGUUGGUGCCCUUGCAUACGCUGGUGUUUGGGCUGUGGCUGCGGUGGUUACAGGAGCUUCUCUAGGUGCUGUUGGUGCGGUAUAG